AUGUUGGACCCCUUCCCCCCUCCGCCAGCAUGGCUCCGAGACCGUGUCGAGCCCUGGGCCCUGUAUCUCAACGUCCCGGCCCUCUCAGACCACAUCCAUGAAGUCAUCAUCGCCUUCGCCGGCUACCAGUUCAUCCACUCCUUCCUCUCGCCAUGGCUCUCCCCCAUCCUGUUCCCCCGCCACUACCCACAUCUGAACAAACGCACCAAGCUCAAUUGGGACGUCCACGUCGUCUCCCUCGUCCAGAGCGUGCUCAUCAACGCCCUCGCCCUGUGGAUCAUGUUCGUUGACAAAGAACGCAAGAACAUGGACACCGGAGAGCGCAUCUACGGAUACACGGGCAUGUGCGGCCUCCUCGAGGCCCUGGCCGAGGGAUACUUCGUCUACGACAUCAUAGUCAGCACGAUGCACAUUCGGAUGUUUGGCGUGGGCAUGUUGUUCCAUGCCAUCAGUGCGUUGUGGGUGUUUAGUUUUGGCUUUAGACCCUUCGUAAACUUCUACUCCCCAACAUUCAUCCUCUACGAACUCUCCUCCCCAUUCCUCAACAUCCACUGGUUCUUGGAUAAACUGAACCUCACCGGUUCUAAGCUCCAAUGGUACAACGGCAUGCUCCUCCUCUCCGUCUUCUUCUCCUGCCGUCUCGUCUGGGGAACCUGGCAAUCCAUCCUCGUCUACAAGGACAUGUGGGCCGCCCUCUCCCAGACCUGGUCUCUCUCCCCCCUUGUGGCGGCAGGGUCCUCCGUCGGCCUGGACAGCGCCAUCAACGGUGCCGUCUUUGGACACAGAGCCAAGCUUGCAGAGAAGUGCGUCGACGAGGUCUGCAAGAGGGCGAACGAGGAGGUGUUUAAGUAUGCCGGGUUCACAGCGGGCGGGGUCCCGACGUGGCUUGUCGGGACCUAUGUUGCGGCGAAUGUGGUGUUGAAUUCGUUGAACUAUUAUUGGUUUUCGAAGAUGGUGGAGACGGUGUUGAAGAGGUUCAGGGGGCCGAAGGAGGGUACUGUUAAGGACGGGGGUAAAAAGGAGGAGGCGGUCGAGGAGGUCGUGGAGAAGGUUGUGCUUGAGGCUGCUGCUUCGCUUGAGGAAGAGGAGGGCAGUCCGUUUCUUGCGGAGGGCGUUGCGAAGGAUGUUGAUCUUGGGGGGGAUGUGAGGAGGAGGAGGUAG